AUGAUCAACAGCUAAGUAAAAGCCUCUAAAGUGAAGGAAUCGCUCUUCGAUGAUCUCGAUUAAAAUACUAGAGAAUCUUACAAAAUGUGGUCUAAAAAUAUACCUUUAAUCCCAAAGAAGACUGAUUAGAGGUCAAUCGAAGGCACUCUUUUCAGAAAGUCGAUUAAGAAAGGAUAUUGGAAAUCGAAUACAUACUAGCUUAUUGGUAAUAAGUUGAUAAAAUUUACAGCUGAAAGCGGUAAACCUGAGAAAUUUGCUAACAUUGAAAAUUAUCGUCUUGAGAAAAUAAAACUUGAAGAAAAGGGAGACAAAGAUAUUAAGUAUGGAUUUCGUUUGACACAUAAUUGCAAAUUUGUGGAAUUAUACGCACGUAAUAAAGAACAUAUGCUUAUGUGGUUUGAAUUAGUCAAGCGUUAGUGUGUAUUAACUACAUUUUAGAAUGAUUAUUCUACUAUUAAGCUUAUGGGCAAGGGUAAUUUUGCUCGUGUUUAUUAUGCGCGUUCAAAGCUAACUGGAGGAGAAUUUGCAGUAAAGGCAUUUGAAAAAGAUAAAUUUGCUCAAAUUGAGAUUGACAGACCAGCAUUGAUUAAGGAAAUUUCAAUUUUACGUAAGAUGAAUCAUCCUGGUGUCAUUAAAAUGUAUGAAGUUUAUGAGAACGAAACUCAUAUUUUCUUAGUUAAUGAAUUGUUAAAGGGAGGAGAAUUAUUCCACAAGUUAAAAGGCCAUGGGUAAUUUGACGAAGUUUAUGUUGCUUAACUAAUGACGACUCUCCUCGACUCAAUUCAUUACAUUUCUCAAAGAAACAUAUUGCAUCGUGAUAUUAAACCUGAAAACCUUAUCCUACGUUCUAAAAACAACGAUACUGACUUGUGCUUAGCUGAUUUUGGUUUGGCUGAUUACUACGAUCCUAAGGGAGGAUACAUGUUCCAGCGCUGUGGCACUCCUGGAUACGUCGCACCUGAAGUUCUUGCUGAUAAGAUUUACGAUUUUAAGGUAGACACAUUCUCUGCAGGUGUAAUAAUGUUCAUACUUUUAACAGGUAGCUCUCCGUUCAAAGGAAAAUCUUAUGACGAAAUUGUAAUCAAAAAUUACAAUUGCACUAUCGACUUUAAUUACAAUGAAAUGGGCAAAUAUUUAUCGGCUGAGUGCUUUGACUUACUUUAGAAGCUGCUCAAAAAAGAUCCUCUAGAGCGUUAUUCAGCAAUAUAAGCUCUCAAUCAUCCUUGGUUUGCAAAAAUGAAGGCUGCAACUCCCACUACCUAAUAGAAAUCGAGCGUUGUUUCUUCUCAGACUUCAUUAGAAGGAGAUUAAAUAGUACGCAUUGCACCAAAGGAUAAUUUACAAUUAAAGAGUAAGACUCCACUAAUGAAUAGCAAGUGGUCUGAGCCAUAGGAAUAGCAAAGUCCCGAAACUUGGAAAAAAUAAUAAUAAUAAGGCAGAAACUCUGUUAGUGAAUAUAUUGAUAGUCCUAUGAGUCGUCAAGCUUAAGAUUCUCCAUAGAUUAAAACUCCAGGAGGAAGCUAAUACAGCCAGCCCUUCAAGAAAACACCAGAUUCUAAUGGUAGCUCUAAAAUAAAGCAAGAAACUCCUGUGAUAAAAAUGUAGUCCGUACCUGAAUGCAUGGAUGAAUAUGAUAUCGAUCCUAGCUCCUUGGAAGAUGCACAUUCUCCCUUAAUUGAAAACAUGAAAAACCUAUAAAAAUAUGACCUUAAUAACAAGAAUUCUAAAAAAUUCAAAGAAGUCUAUCAAAGUCCUAUAAUAAAAAAUCCUUCUAACUUGUUCUCUAAUGGAAACUAGUAACAAGGGCAAUAAGUAAAUAAUUUAACUCAAAAUCUAAAUGCAUCUAAUAACACAAACUAAGAUGUUAAGAAUACAAAGUCAAUCCGUGAAAAAUUAAUAUAAAAUGUGUGA